AUGUACAAUGCCAUGCUACGGAAAGGCUACGACGGUACUCCAGAAGAUGCGGUAGAGAGCAUGGUUGAAGUACAUAAUUUCUUGAACGAAGGCGCUUGGAACGAGAUCGAAGGGUGGGAAGCGCGAUUCUCUGGUGGAUUAAAGGACGGAUGGGAGGCUUGUCGGGAAGGGGAGGAGGGGUGGGUAGAGAUGGUAAUGAACGGUACUUGGAGGCCACGAGAGCGGACGCAGCCAAAACUGAUACGAUUUAUGGGACGGCCGGGCGACACGACGCCGAAGGCUCGGUUCAUGUCUUACAUGUCCUGGUUUUAUCCUGGAAGAUUCGCUGAAGAGCCUCCGUUCGACCGCCAUGAUUGGUUUGUGCAACGCAUAACGCCAUCAGGAGAAAAGCGUGAGAUUCGGUACGUCAUUGAUUACUACUCUGCACCCCUGAGCCCACAGGCGAGCCUGUAUUCUAUCUGGAUGUGCGGCCCGCCAUAG